CCAUUAGGAGCGCUCCAGUUGCAUGCUGGGAGAUGCGCUUCCUACGCAAAGGGUUUUUUAGACUCCGGCUUCCCCAGGUCGCCGUCCUGAGUUAAGCUCAGCCCUUGCGCCCCCUCCCGACACCCUGUUGGUCGUUGGGCCCCAUGCGUCCAGCUCUGGUUUCUCUGGAUUUUGUGUCUUCGGUAAAAGGAAACUCCAAGACAACUGAUCAGUUCUGGAUUCUAAAACUAUGGCCCACAACAGUUCAAUUUUGGGAAUCAUCUGAAGACUAGCUGAACAGAACCCUUAUAACUAAGGAUAUAAAGAGAAGGCCACAUCAAGACUGUUGACCAAAAAAUGAGUAAUGUUGUAACAAUGGAGGAAGAAAGUCCCUUAAGAGAAAUAUUUGCGUUGGGUUUGUGAUUGGUGACUUAGAGAAGUUGGUCCCACUUGACUACAGGAGAAAAUGAGAAUUCUCAACUGAUCCCCGCUGAUCUUUUUUUCAGGAAGCAAAGGAUGCCAUAGGAAUCCACACCGGCUGAGAAGUUACAAGGCAGGCACGUGGCGGGCAUUAUGCUUGUGAAUGGCAGGGAAUUAUCCAUGUCCGGGCAGAGUCUGGUGACCUUCUCAGAUGUGGCCAUAGACUUCUCUCAGGAGGAGUGGGCGUGUCUGGACUCUACACAGAGGGACCUGUACUGGGAUGUGAUGUUGGAGAACUACAGUAACUUGGUCUCACUGAUUACUCAACAUCAGAAAAUUCACACUGGUGAGAAACCUUACGAAUGUAAGGACUGUGGGAAAGCCUUUCGAUGGGGUUCAAGCCUCGUUAUUCAUAGGAGAAUUCAUACGGGCGAGAAACCCUACGAGUGUAAAGACUGUGGGAAGGCCUUUAGACGUGGUGAUGAGCUCACUCAACAUCAGAGGUUUCACACUGGUGAGAAAGACUAUGAAUGCAAAGACUGUGGGAAGACCUUUAGCCGUGUGUAUAAACUAAUUCAACACAAGAGAAUUCAUAGUGGUGAUAAGCCCUAUGAAUGUAAAGACUGUGGAAAGGCCUUUAUCUGUGGUUCGAGCCUCGUUCAACAUAAAAGAAUUCAUACUGGUGAGAAGCCCUAUGAAUGUCAAGAAUGUGGGAAGGCCUUUACUCGUGUCAAUUACCUUACUCAACAUCAGAAAAUUCAUACUGGUGAGAAACCUCAUGAAUGUAAGGAAUGUGGGAAGGCCUUUCGUUGGGGUUCAAGCCUUGUUAAACACGAGAGAAUUCAUACAGGUGAGAAGCCAUAUAAAUGCACAGAAUGUGGGAAAGCCUUUAAUUGUGGCUAUCACCUUACUCAACAUGAGAGAAUUCACACUGGUGAAACACCUUAUAAAUGUAAGGAAUGCGGAAAGGCCUUUAUUUAUGGGUCAAGCCUUGUUAAACAUGAGAGAAUUCAUACAGGGGAGAAACCCUAUGGGUGUAAAGAAUGUGGGAAAGCCUUUAGUCACGGCCAUCAACUUACGCAGCACCAGAAAAUUCAUACCAGUGAGAAACCCCAUGAGUGUAAGGAAUGUGGAAAGGCAUGUAACCAUGCAAACCACCUUAGAGAACAUCAGAAUGCACACUGUUGAAAACCUUUUGACUACAAAGACUAUUUGAAGGCACCUAUACAGCAUUCAUUUCUUCCACGACAGGAGAAAAAUUCGUGAUACAAUUUAGCAUAACAAAGCCUUCACUGGUCACUCUUCUCCUUAGAGAAUAGUCAUGCUAGAGGCAAAUUUGAAGACUGGAGAAAUUAUUUUUUCUUAACGAUUACAACAUACUCAGUGUAGACUCUUUUUUACUGAAUGGGUUAAUUAAAUGGAUGCAUAGAAGCUUUCUUGUACCUUUCGAUCUCUGUCACAUUUCAGAUUCAUUCUAGGGAAUAACUCUGCUAAUGUAACGUGCAAAAGCCUUCCAUGAUGGUACAUACCCUACUGGUUAUCAUCACCAUGCCACCUCUUUACUCCCUGUGAGACACUGGGCAAAUUAGCUCUUACCCCUGUGUAGUAUUUGUGAAAUGGAGAUGGGUAACCACACCUACCUAAUACAUCUAUUGUGGUAAUUAAAUGAGCUUGGUACAUGUAAACUUGAAAGUGUAUCUGGAAUAUUGUAUAAGCUCAAUAAACAUUAGCUGUUGUUUUUAUCAUUA